AUGGUACAGCCCGCCGUAUCGGAUCCCACUGCUGCACUGCUAGCAUUUUCGAAAUCAUUCAAGAAAGUACGGCGGGCUAAAACUAUCAAGCCAAUACGAUAUAUUAAGCAAAAAAGUGUUAAUGAUGCAUCGGCACAACGUUCAACAAGUUUACCGAAUCCCGAUGAUCUUUAUAUCGUUGUGCGAGAUAAUGAUAAGCGAUCAUCGGCAAGAAAAAUUUCCGCUCUCGAAGAAAUGAAAAUGCAUAAAAGUCGCUAUCAAAAAUAUCGAUGCAAUUCACUGUUUGCAACAACACUUCCAUUGCAUCAUCAUUCAUCAUCAUCAUCAUCAUCAUCAUCAUCAUCAUUCAUUUUAAAUAAUGAAAACUGUGCCAAAGAAUAUUUUGGCUCAUAUUUACAAGCAAAUGAAUCAAUCAUUGAUCCUUCUAAUGGAACAGAUGAUAACACUACAAAAUUAUUAAAAUCAACUUUAAUGUUGAUCACUAAAUUAAGUUUAUAUGAUACAAUGAAGCAAUUUCACAAGCCAACUUUGCUAGAAACAGAUAAUGCUGGAAAUUCAUCAAGUGCCUUCUAUCGAAAUAUCGAUGCUAUGCCUAAUAUGAAUAUAUCACGCACCAAAAAAACUAUACCUCUUGUCAGUGAAUUGCUAUAUUAA